AGGCCAAUUAAAUAGUUUACAUAAAUGCUGGUAUUCCGUCGAAGGCUUGGCAGACGACAGAUUCCGAGGAUGGAGUUCUUCAGAUCAGUGGGGCGGACAAUAAAGUCGACAGUUGUUGACAGUGGUAUCCUUGACCACCCUGAGUAUGAAGUUGAUGACAGCAAGAAGGGAGAUGGUUAUGAGGUUCGACACUACCCACCGUCCAUGUGGGUCAGCACCACCGAGCAAGGCAUGUCUUGGCAAGAUGGUCCCGGCAGGAAAGGAUUCUUUAAACUCUUCAACUUCAUACAAGGAAAGAACGAAAGAAGUCAAAAAAUCGAGAUGACAGUCCCAGUUGCGACAAGAGUCCAACCCGGCGCUGGCCCUAACUGCGAGAGCACCUUCACCAUCUCCUUCUUCAUCCCGCCAAAAAAUCAAGAGUCUGCCCCAAAACCGAAAGCCGAAGACGUGUUCCUGGAGACAUGGCCUGCGAUGGAUAUCUACGCGAGGACGUUUUCGGGUUAUGCCAAAGAUGCUGACUACCUAAGGGAGGCGCAGGUAUUGACGGAAAAACUCGGAGGCUCGGUCGACCUGGAACAAAGUUUUUACUUUAUAGUUGGGUAUAAUAGCCCGUGGCAAAUGUUUAACAGGCGGAAUGAAGUUUGGUUUGUCAAGAAGUUACAAGAGACGGAUGACACGCAUGGUGAAACGAAGGAAUGAUGUAUCUGAGAUGUGCGGACUUUACUCGGGUGGCAAUGUAGACAGGUACAGCCAUAAUACAGUUGUAGCCCCUAGUGUAUACAAUUGGGAUUCGAGAGAGAAAGCCCCCUUUUGCUAACUUUUGCCAACUGUUCUUCAUUCAAGAGGCGAGAUUUGUAUCGUAACUUGGUCAUGUAAAGGUUUAACGUGAGCUGUCUUUCCGAAUAAAUCAAUACAUGGUUAUAA